AUGGCUGCUGCAGACCACAACCCCCAUGUGCAGCACAUCAUUCAGUUGGGGCUGGUACCAUAUUUCAUCAGAUGUCUCAAGGAGAACAAUGCAGAGAUGCAGGUGGAAGCUGCGUGGGCACUUACCAAUGUUAGUGCUGGAACAACGGAAGAGACUGAAGUGGUGGUGGAGCAGGGGGCAAUACCUGCGCUUGUGGACAUAAUAAAAAAGGACAAAGGCAGUCUAAGAGAACAAGCGAUUUGGGCAGUUGGGAACAUCGCUGCUGAGAAGCAGUUCAGAGAUCUUCUGAUCGCCAGGGGCGCGCUGAACCUAUUGCUGGAGACUCUGCAGGAUGAGAAUACAGGGCUUUCUACCACACGCAUCGGGACAUGGGCUCUGGCCAAUUUCUGCAGAACUGUGUUUCCCAAAGAUAAGAGUGGGGACCUGGUGGAUUUGGUGAUGCAAGUGUCUAUCAGCUUGCUGAGCCAGAGGGACAAGGACACCAUAGUGGACUCGGUGUGGACCCUGUCGUCCAUCGCGGGAUGGGACAGCAGCUACACAGACAGGAUCGUGGCAGCGGGCGUGGUGCCCCACCUCAUCCACCUCCUUCGGCAAAGACACACUUCCAUUCUGCACCCCACCCUGCGGUGUUUGGCGUCUGUCGCCAUGGGCCCCGACGCCGACACCCAGGAGAUGAUGAGCUGCGGCGUUGUUCCCCGCCUGAAGCAGCUCCUCAUGGGGCGCCAGAAGAAGAGAGUGCUGGGCAACCUGUGCUGGGCGCUGGCAAACAUGAUGGGGUGUGGAUGGUCGAUGUGCCAAGUGGUGAUCGAUGCUGGGAUCAUUCCACUUGUUAUGGGGGUCCUGAAGCACGGCAUAUACGAAGUCAAGAAGGAAGCAGCUUUCGUGGUGAUCAAUGCCUUCAAUUCGGACUCAAUUCCUUACCAGGGCGUCAUCCAGCUCUCCAAUGACGGCUGCAUCGAGGCGCUUUGCGGCUUCCUGACGUGGGAGCAGCCGCGCAUCGUGGCCCACGCCCUCGAGGCGCUGGAGGCGGCCCUGAAGAUGGGCGAGCUGGGGCGCAUGAACAACGGCUGCAACGGCUCCAUGCUCAUGAACGACUCGUAUGAAAUGACGGAGAAGGCGCAUAAGAAGCGCGUUCGGGCGAGGGGGUUCCACGGCCGCUCCAACAGAAUAGCCUGCCAGGUGUCCGCCGCGGACGGCCGGGAGACGCUCCGGCAGCUGACGGAGCACGAGUGCAACGACGUGGCGUCGAUGGCGAAGGAGCUGUUGGGAAAAUAUUUCCAGGUGGAUGGCGAGGCGUUUGAGGGGGAUGACGUUUCGGAGGUCAUGGAGGACGGGGAAGACGCUGGGCAGCUUUCGACGAACGGUCACGGCUCAGCCUCGAGCGCCGCUGAGGAGCUUCAGGGCAUGCUGGAGGACUGGUCCGUCAGCGAAAGGGGUCCGGCGAAGCCGCCGGUGACGUGCGCGAAGUAA